AGUUGGUUAGCUGAGUGGUUAUAAAUAAACCCACAGGGUCUGAAGUCUCUCAGACGGACUGACUGAUGGAUCGGACUGUUCUCUGAAGUUUGUCGUCAUUGUUACCAUAUAAAUUAAGACUCAUCUUCCUCUUCCACUCCAAAUCUAAAAUGAUGUCCACGGGGUUGGUCGGGGUGUUGCUGCUGUGUUGUGCAGCAGCGCUUGUGUCAGGGGAGACGAGAGGGUACUUCUUCAGGAUAGAGGAGGUGUCAUGGAACUAUGCCCCGAGUGGGACGAAUGUCAUACAAAACCGCACCUUGCAGGAGGAUGAGUGAGUACAAACCAAGAACUUUGUAUGUUAAUGUUGACGUUGUGUGUGGGUCUGAUGUAAGAAUCAGGAUUCUGUGAAAAAAGUCAGACCUUUAAGAGUUUGAAAAGUAUUUCAGAGCCUUUUUUUCCAAUAGCCCUUGUCUACGGCAGAGUUUUAAGGCCACAUUUAAGAAAUUAAUGUUUUUAAAACUCAAAAGAAUAAUUUAAGUCAUUUCAUCACAAGGAUAAAGUCGUAGUAAAACAUACCCAAAGCCAUUAGUAUAAUCAGUGAUUAACCACAUACUGCCGCAACUCAGCUUCUGGUCCUCUCUGGGUCCUGAUACUUUAAAAGUUGGGGUGCUGAGAUGCUUAAACACUGAGUACAAUUUAACCCCAUCUUCCUCAUUUUGGCACAGACAGCUGGCUGCUCACAGUAAACCAAAACUACGACUUUAUCCUGACUUUAUUCUCACAACAUAAAGACUUUCUGUCCUGGAAGGUCAAAGCCGCUUUAAAGGUAAGAGAGGAUAAGAGAGUAUGUGGGCACUUAAAAUUAAGUGUGAUCUCUAGAUAUUGCUUAACAUUCGCUCAGCACCUUUGGGUCUUAUACUCCAAGUGUGCUGAAAACGUAGAACUGCAUUGAUUUUGUUUGUAAAAUAGGAGCCGCAAGCGUCAAGGGCCUGUGUCCACGAACAAAAAAGCUGCAAGUGGACACAGGCCCUCACUGCCCCCUACUGCAUGCAACCGGUAAAAUAUUUUUAGAUGUUUGGCUAUUUGAUCCAAUUCAAAGGACUUUUUUAAGCUGAGUAAAAGUUUUUAUGUUUACACAAAUAUUAGAGUGGCAUUUUUUUUUUCAGUCAGCAGGAACAUCAGUGCUUCCUCUGAUCUGAAAAGCCAAAAUGCUUGCUGUCAAAAGGCAAGAUCAGAGAUCAGAGGGUUUCUUAAUUGGAAUCAACACGAGAUUAAAAUUCACUCAUUUUGUUCUCUCUCUGCAGAGAAGCCUCUGUCUUUUUAAAACGAGGCCCCCAGCGGAUCGGCUCCAUCUAUAAGAAAGCCGUGUAUAAGCAGUACACCGACAGCAGCUACAGGACCGAGGUGACGAAGCCGGAAUGGCUGGGCUACCUGGGACCUCUGCUGAUGGCUGAGGAAGGAGACACAGUGAUCAUUCAUUUAAGAAAUGCUGCAUCCAGACCUUACAGCAUCCACCCACAUGGAUUGAACUACAGCAAAGGAGCUGAAGGUGAGGACUUGAAAAAAAUCUGUCACAAAUUUGAGUCCUUAUCUGAAACUUCUACCACUUUUGAACUUCUGAAACUUUCAUUACCUUGACGAAAUAUGUCUGACAGUUUGGUAAGGGAUAAAUGAAGGUGUGUUUCUUCGCUUCAUUUAGGAGCCCUGUACCCAGAUGGUACUGGUCCAGAACUGAAGACUGAUGACUCAGUGGCUCCUGGUGCAACAAAAAUCUUGGAGUGGACCCUCGCAGAGACCCACGGCCCACUAUCAGAUGACGGUAACUGCAUGACCAGAUUCUACCACUCCCACGUCAGCGCUCCGAAAGACAUCAACUCAGGACUGAUAGGACCCCUCAUCGUCUGCAAGAGAGGUACCUGAAAAAUGUUAAUACAUGGUGAUGUCGAUAUGAUGUUUGGUUUUCAUACACUAAUACUGAUACAUCCUCUCCUCUCCUCUGUAGGAACCCUGGAUUUAUACGGAGACCGUUCAGGAGACUACCUGUACGCUCUGCUGUUCAUGGUGUCCGACGAGAACUUUAGCUGGUACCUGGAUGAGAACAUCAGGACCUACAUAACAUAUCCUGGAAGAAACCUGAAGGAGGACGAGGAUUUUAUUGAGAGCAACAAAAUGCACGGUUAGAGUCUUCUCACACCCACCUCUACAUUUCUAAAUGCUCACACUUUCUCCACAUUGUCGUGUUAACACUGUGUGUGGAUCGCAGGUAUAAACGGUUACCUGUACGGGAACCUGCCUGGACUGAGCAUGUGCCAAGGCAACAAGAUCUACUGGCAUAUGAUUGGUCUAGGCAACGAGGUAAAGUUUUGGUUAGAAACAUCAUCGCAACACUUAUCAUAAAUAAUCUCUCGUAGCCUACUAUUAAAUUUCAUGCCAAGAUGUGAGAUACAAGCAUCCAAAUGAGGUUUAAAUGUCAGCUGUCUUCAACAGGUGGAUAUGCAUUCAGUCCAUUUCCACGGUCAGAUCCUGACCGCUCAGAACCACCACACAGACACAGUCAGCCUCUUCCCUGGCUCCAGCACUACAGCCGAAAUGGUGGCCGAUAACGUCGGGCACUGGCUGCUGACGUGUACGGUCAAUGACCAUCUGAUGGGUGAGCUACAGCAUCUUCUACUCUCAGCAUGAAAUCACUGCACUGUACUGUGAUUUUAAAGCUUUAAAGUUUGUUUUAUUUCACGUCUUUCCAGCUGGAAUGCAGGCGAUAUUCGAGAUCAAGAAGUGUUUCCCCAACGUUCACAAACCUCGGCCACACGGAGAGGUCAGACAGUACUUCAUCGCUGCUGAAGAGGAAGUUUGGGAUUACGCUCCGACCACACCUUCAGAGGGGUCUGUUAUUGAACAUUUUACAGAACAGUCUCUUUCCUGUGAUCAUGUUCUUGACAGGAAAAAUGAGAGUUUAUUCAUGUGUGUGUAAACAGUGAGGCUGACAUGUAUGUAACCAGAGGACCGAACCGUAUUGGAAGUCGCUACAAGAAGGCCCGCUACGCCGAAUACACCGACAACACCUUCAACACGAAAAUGCUUCGCAGCCCAGAGGAGCAACACCUUGGGAUUCUGGGUAAUUAAUCUGGGAUUGGGUUUAUUGUCUCUUUGCAUGCUUAGUUUAUAGGAUUUGAUAAUAUUUGACAUCUUUUGGAUGAUGGGAAUUCUUUAAAGAUGUCUUCGUACAAACAGCACCAACUUGUCUUUGAGUAAUAAUUGAAUAAAUUGUCCAGAAUGGUCAAUAAAACCACCAUCUGCUCCUGUUUUUAGGUCCUAUACUGCGAGCUGAAGAGAAAGACACCAUCAGGGUCGUUUUCAAGAACAAAGCCACCCGACCUUACACGAUGCAACCCCAUGGCGUUCAGUACAACAUCGAACAAGAUGGGACUCUCUAUUAUAAUGAACUGGAAGGUAAAAACAUGAAAGUACCAUGCAGAUAAAUUGUUAUCCAUGCAAAACUUCUUCAUGUCUCAUACAUGUCUUGCUCUUUGCCCCCCGAUCCUCAGAGUCCUACACUGACAAGAAACUGCGGGAGCUUAAGAGACUAACCCGUGAGUUCAAACCUGAGUGACAGUACCGCUUCAUAAAACUCUUUAUACCUCACUAUAAAUUGUUGUUUGUUUGUGUUUUAAGGUGUGGUGACCCCUCCUCCAGCUGCUAUGGUCAGGCCCGGGGCGGUGCACACCUAUGAGUGGACGGUACCGGUGGGUGCUGGUCCAACAGCGGGUGAAGCCGACUGUCUGACCUAUCUGUACUACUCUGGAGUGGAUCCUGUUAAAGACACCAACUCUGGGCUGGUGGGGCCGCUCCUCGUGUGUCGGCCUGGAUCACUCAAACGUCAAGUACAGGUGAGGAAAGCAAAUUAGACAUUUGGGGUUAUUAAAGGUUAAAGACCAGAAGUCCAAACUUUAUGUCUUGUAGUGCAAUGAGUGUUAAAGCAAGGAUCCAUGUCAGAAACCACACUGUAUCAUCUUCACUGCUCUUUAUAUAGAAAAACUACCAGAAGGAGUUUCACCUCAUGGCUACAGUGUUUGAUGAAAACCUCAGCUGGUAUCUGGAUGACAACAUCCGAGCAUUCGCCACUGCUCCCGCCACCGUGAACAAGGAAGAUGAGGGAUUCAUGGACAGCAACAAAAUGCACUGUGAGUAGAAGACAAAUCUAAACUCUGAGGAAAUGAUGCUGGAUUUUUUUUUACGAUAUCGUCUUUUUUUCUUUCAGCCAUCAAUGGGUUUGUGUACAAGAACCUCCCAGGCCUUACCAUGUGCAAGGCGGAUAGGGUAACAUGGCACCUUUCAGGACUCGGCUCAGAGACGGACAUCGUCAGUCUUUACUUCCAGGGAAACCGCUUCAUCUACCGCCAGAACAGACGAGACACCAUCAGCGUCUUCCCUCACAUCUCACGUACUGUCACAAUGGAGCCUGACAGCAUGGGUAUGAACCUCUACAGCUUAUUCUGAGACUCUGAUACAAUCUGGACAAUGUAGGUUUUAACCAGAUGCUUAUUUGGCAAUUAAAUGGCAAAUACAGACUAUUUUAAUGCAAAUCAAGACGAUUUAAAGUCUGGGUUCUGCGUAUUUCUAAUAGUGUGACCCCUGUGUGUGUUUCAGGUCAGUUUGAAGUGGUGUCGGCUACAGUGAAUCAUUAUCGUGGUGGGAUGAGAGCCAACUACACGGUUCAGAAGUGCAGCCUCCUUCAGCGUCAGGGUGAGACGAUGCUGCAUUCAAAGACCUACUAUAUCGCUGCGAUGGAGUUAACCUGGGAUUACUCUCCAAACCGCACCUGGGAGGCUGAGAUGUUCCGCGGUCAGGAAAGGUACGGUUUAACCUGCAGAGGUACAAGGUUUUGUUUUCCAGUUUUCAGUCAAAUGAGCACACUGAACUUUUAGUUUCCUUUUCCUCUCGUCUUUUGUAGUCCUGCAGGUGUCUUCCUAGACCAACAGGGCGGGUUUAUUGGCUCCCGUUACAAGAAGGUGGUCUACCGCCAGUUCACUAAUGACAAGUUCACCAAGCAGGUGGAAAGGGCAGCGGAUAUGGAACACCUUGGCAUUUUGGGUAGGAUUUGAGUAUAUCUGUAAAAACCACAAAAUAUAGUGUAUGAAAUAUUAUCAUGUCAGCAUUUUGAUUUUUAAUUAUUCCAACACUUUUCCUUCACUCAGGUCCGAUGAUUCAUGCUGACGUGGGAGACAAGGUGAAGGUGGUUUUUAAAAACAUGGCGUCCCGGCCUUAUUCUAUCCACGCUCAUGGAGUCAAGACAGACACUCCUGAUGUCCACAACACACCUCCAGGUACACACAGACUAAACACAGAUAACGUGCUUAUUUUCUGUGUUAUUAAAAAGUGUAUAACUUCAACCGUCUGAGGACACUAGGAUUCAGUUUUCUUAAUAAAGCAUCAGAAUAAAAAAAAUGUUUGUAUCGAUGUAUGAUGUCUUUCCCAGGUGAGACGCACACAUAUAAUUGGUACGUCACAAAGAAAACCGGACCUACAACAGAGCAAGAGGAGUGCUCUGUGUCAGCAUACUACUCCACUACUGAUGUCGCCAAGGUAUACACAUAUACAUGUAAAUACACACACAGUAGAAAACUAAAUUAUGGACUUAUACUGAAUAAUACAUCCAUAUAAUUUGAUUUAUUUUUGAGAUGUGUCUAUGUAUAAAUAUUAACACAUUAUUAAAGGGUUAAGACUAGAAAAGUUAAGUUGUAGUUACAGCUUUAUUUUUAAGAUGAGGUGUUGAUGUCUGACACAGGAGGGAAAUAACUUUUUGUCCUGUUACCUCACAAACCUCUAGAUCUGAUUUAACUCUUUUCUUAUUUUGGACCUCUAAAUUUCCCAACCCCUUUUUUUCUGAUUGGUUUUACAUUUUUACUGAAGCUGUGUCAUAUGAAUUGCUGAAACUGAAAACACACACAGUAAUAUUGUGUCCUGUCCUCCAGGAUCUGUACAGCGGUUUGAUCGGUCCAUUGGUGAUCUGUCGACGCAGCUGGGCCAGGUGAGUGUUUCUCUCUCCGUGAGCGUUAAUCCAAAACUUAGCAAACUUUUAGAAAUUCACUUCAUGAUCUAAUUUAGGUCACCCAAGCCAGAUAAUUUUCUGAUAUGCUGCUCUGCAUGGAAGAAACCCAUGAGAUAAAGUGCUGAUAUAGUGCUGUACAAACUUUGUCGCCUCCAGGUCUUUAGGUAUGAAGAAAGAAGUCGAAGAGUUAGCUGUGCUUUUCCUGGUUUUUGAUGAGAAUGAAAGCUGGUGAGUAAAAGUCAAGUUUUAUUUAAAGUAAGAUUUUAUUCUUGUGAUAUUAUAAUUUUUAUUCUUGUAAAAUUGUCUUUAUUUUUAAAAAUGGUGGACAGUUUUCUUACCAAAUGUGAUCAAACUCUUACAGACCUUAAAAUGAUAUUUCAAAAUACGACUUAAUUUUGCUCCUUCUUUUAUUGUCUUAAUUAUGUUUUGGUUUUAAAUGAAUAAGGCUUUAAGAUCUAUACUGACCAUUACUCUGCUGCUGAAACACAACAAAAUUUAAUGGUGUUUAUCUGUUUAAACUCAAGAUAUUUAAAUUCAUAAAAGUUGUAACUUGUGUUAAUGUAUGUCUGCAAUGUGCAAUAUUUGGCGAAUGAUCACUCUCAUGUUUCCAGGUACCUGGAUGAAAACAUCAGGACCCACAUCAGGAACCCUCGUGCAAACCUGAAGGACGAUGAAACCUUUAUAGAGAGCAACAAGAUGCACUGUGAGAUAAAUAUGCACACAGAUGGACUUCUAAUUUAAUACCUUCACUCUUUCUCUCUCUAAUAUAUAUUUGUUUGUCUACUUUGCAGCCAUAAAUGGUUUGAUGUAUGGAAACCUGAAUGGUCUGAACAUGGAGGUGGGUGAUAAAGUGUACUGGUACCUGAUGGGGAUGGGCAAUGAUGUGGACAUACAUACUGUACACUGGCAUGGACACAUGGUGGAAUAUAAGGUAUGCAGGACAUGCAAACAUGUCAAUAUAACUACAUAUAACACAUGCAUACUCUGGUUCAAACCAACACUGACUGUUCUGUCUUCCAGCUGGGUGGAGGUCCUCAUCGGACAGACGUGUACGAGCUGUUUCCAGCCACCUUCCAGGUAAAACAUUAAAACAUACUGACUUCAGGCUGAUAGAUGGUAACAACUGUUGUUCAAGCAAAUGAAGUACUAGAGCUGUGACCAAAAUGUGAUGUAAUUGUAAAGACAGCCUUAAUAUGAGUCAGCUUAUACGCCUAUGGUUGGUCCCACAGAGAUACAGGAGACACCACAUGUCCUUCAUUUUUUAUGAGGCCUUCUCUGCUGCCCUCUGUUGGUUCUGGCGUGUUAUGUGUGUCCGUCCUGUACUAAACUUUUGCAGAGUCAGUGAAGUCUCCAGGCUGGAAACACAACCAGUCACUGAUUUGAAACUUAAAGAACAUUUGUAAUUUACAAGUUAAGUGCAGAUUAGAAAUUUACUCACUUGCUUUAUGUCAUCCUUUCAUGAUAAUUGUUAAAAAUCUUUGUCAGGUGCCACUGCUUACUUGACUAAGCUCUUUUAAGUAAACAGAGACAGCCUACUUUAGCUGAGAAACUAUUGAAAAGAAGAUAGUUUCAAGUUAGACUGACAGAAAAAGCCACAAUACAUGAUCUACAAAGUAAACUUGUAUAAACAUGUAUGAACUUGUAUGUGCUGUCUCCCUUUCUUCCUGUCCAGACUGUAAAGAUGCGACCUCAGUAUCCUGGUACCUGGCUGCUACACUGUCACGUCACUGACCAUAUUAAAGGUGGCAUGGAGGCGGUGUAUCACGUCAAUGCAAAAAGUAAGGGAAAUAUUUAUUUAAAGGUGAAUUUCACAAAGAGAUUGCACUGCAGGGAAAACAACAUUUUUUCCCCUCUCUUUCACAGAAAAGAAAGGUGGAGUCUUUGGCUGAGGAAACCAGAUCUGGAGAGGCCCGUUUAAAUGAAGUUUUAGCGAUCAUCUGUCCGUGGUCUUUUGUAAUUAAGAGCAGUUUUACAAUUUAUCUUCUUUUUAUGAUUGUUUGUCGUUUUAUAUUUUAUAAAUGAUAGAGAACUGUCGCACAACUUAAAAAAAAAUAAAGUAAAUAAAAACUGAGUGUUGGUUCUAUGA